AUGCGGUCGCUGGAGGGCGGCUACGACCUGCCGGCGGUGUGCGACUGCGCCGAGGCGUGCGUCCGGGCGCUGCUGGGCGAGCGCCUGCCGCCGCCGCCGCUGGCCGAGCUGGCGCGCGCGCCGCACCCGGCCGCCCAGCGCGCGCUCAAGGCCACGCACGCCGUGCACGAGCACCACUGGCCCACGCUGAAGCGCUACAGCUCGCUGAUCGGCAUCAGCGCGCUGGAGGCGUCGCCGGCGCUGGUGCCGGGCUCUGCGGAGCGCGACGCCGCCGACACGGCCGCGGCCAUGGCCACGCUGUCCAUGACGUCCAUGGCGCAGCCGCGCGCCGAGCCCAUGGAGCAGGACGACAAGUGAUUCCAGCCACAUUCCACCGCCGCGCCGGCCGCGCCCGCGAGGCGGACCCUGCGUGGUAAAAUUAAGACAAAUCUUAAUUUGAGAGCUUUAAAAUGUAGUAAAAUAUUUUAUGUGUACAAAUAUGUUGUUGUUGUGCGUCCGAGCGAGCGCCCGGCCCGCUCCGAACCAAAGAUUGCCCCCGGGGCGGCCCCGGCCUCGGACCGUGGACCCGCCGCGUCGUAUCCGUUGAACUUUUCUUGUGGUACUUUCGAGAUGUACGCUCACUGUUGCCUGCUCUCUUUCGGUCGCACAAACGUCCGGAAACCGUUUCCGGAUCGGAUGAUUUCUGUUGAAUGUUUCGUGCGCGAGCAUUUUGUGAACGACGUGCGAACCGUCCGCCGGUGGCGGCGUCGUCUUAUGAUAUUAGCGGAUGUCUCGUGAUGUAUGUUGUUGUCGACUGAGUCGUCGAAGUGCAAUAGGCGGGGCGCCCCGCCGCGGGGCCCUCGCCGAUAUAUUUUUGUAAGAUGGCUGUCUGUGUGCGUGCGGGGCGACCCUUGUACGAUAAACAGAGUUAAAACAAAUGUUGUGUCUUUGAAAAUUUUAUUGUUAAAUUGGAUACAGAUGAAAUAAUUAUUUAAUAAAUGUAUAUAUAUUAUAUAUAUAUUUGGAAAUAUAUCUGCGAAAUUAUUUUAA